GUCCUGUGCGGCUUUGUACUGAAUCUCGGAGGCGAUGUGACAUGACUUGAGAAGAUCGCGUUCGUCGACGCUCUAUAACAACGUCUUGCUCUACGCCGACUGUCAUCCGUCUCUCACGACUUACUGCCCACCAAAGUCGAUCGUCCGAUGCAAACAUGGUCUUCGCCAAUCUGAACAACCGCGAGAAGGACGCGUUCUUCUCUUUGCUGGACGAGUACUUCACCUCCCGCCCAGAACUCCUGAACAAGCCAGGGCAAUCCUCAGACGCAGUGAAGGCAUCAGCUGCGUCCGCCCUACACAGUGCGUUCAGCAAAACGACCCCUCAGGAGGCAGCAUCUAUCGUGAAGAGGGCGAUUCCUCCACCGCGACCGGAUGCAUCUAGUGCGUCCUCGCAACAGGCAUCUGUACCAGAGUUCCCCUCCGCCGCCGCAGGGAGGGUAGCCGCUGCAGCUGCGGCAUUCGGCGCAUCUGGAGCUCAGCUGCCUCGUCCUCCUGCCCGUCGGGCACCGAGCUCUGCUUCCGAGGAGCAAGAAUCGUCCGCCAAUAAAUUUGUCCAAGAGAAGAGAUUCGGCGACGUAGAUGUCUCCUCUGGGAAGGCCAUGUUCUCCUCUUUGCGCAACUCCACCGCGAGCAAGCAUGCUACGCCCCCGUCAGUAGCCCCGCCCACACCCUCGGCCAUCCAGUCUAGGAGGGGCGCCUUCGCGCCGCCUCCCGUGAGACGAGCUGAUUCUACUGCAUCCAAUGCGGGGAACACCUCGUCGCCUCCGCCUCCCCCGCCGCCCCGUCCUCGAGUCCCGGAGCCGGAGCCUGAAGGUGAAUGGGCGGAAGCGCUGUACGAUUACACCAGUGACGAUCCUGGUGAUCUGCCGCUGGAAGAGGGCGCGAGGGUAUUCAUUGUCGAGAGGACAUCCGAUGAUUGGUGGACGGGAGAGAUGGAUGGCAGGAGAGGUCUCGUUCCUGCUGCGUAUGUGAAGGUACUCUGAUUGCUAUCAUGAAAGUUCUCGCUUCGAUAUGUAUAUCUCUCUGGGACUUGUGUCUCUCUGAGACUUGUGUUUCUCUGGGACAUGUGAUGUACUCUGGAGACCGCCUCUUCAC